GUUCGAAGGGGAGCCGGAAGUGAAUUGCUGUGUGAGCGCAAGCUGAGUUUCCCCCCGCCCUACCUCUAUGUCCAGGAGAGCCCCGCCUUUCCCCGCCUGCUCCUCCCGGCAUCCUUUGCGCUUCCGCUUCCUCCCCCUUUCUGUUGGAGGAGAAGAGAGAGUGUGUGAUUGCGACGUUCCUCCCCCCGGGUGUCCAGAGAGGGAAAUCCUUGUAAAACUGAAGGAGGCUUCCUCUCUUCUACCCUCACCCCACCCCAGUUUGCAUAGUGAAACCCCCCACAAUGACCACCCUGGAUGACAAGCUGCUGGGCGAGAAACUCCAGUAUUACUACAGCAGCAGCGAAGAGGAUGAGAGCGAAAAGGACAACGAGAGGGACCAGGAGGGUGACUUCAUCCACGAUGACGCCGUGCCCAGGGAGGAAGCUCUGAGCAGCGACGGCAGUGCCAUAAACACAGGCCCUAAAGGUGUGAUCAAUGACUGGAGGAGAUUCAAGCAGCUGGAGACGGAACAGCGGGAGGAGCAAUGCCGAGAAAUGGAGCACCUCAUCAAGAAGCUCUCCAUGACUUGCAGGUCCCACCUGGACGAAGAGGAGGAGAAGCAGAAGCGGAAGGAGCGUCAGGAAAAGCUGAAUGGCAAGCUGACACUGCAGGAAUACAGCAUGCUGCACGGGAGCCCCGACGACGAAGAAUUCCUGCAGCAGUACCGCAAGCAGCGCAUGGAAGAGAUGCGCCAGCAGCUGCACAGUGGGCAGCACUUCAAGCAGGUGUUUGAGAUCCACAGCGGGGAGGCUUUCCUGGACGCCAUCGACAAGGGGCACAAGAACACCCUAGUGAUGAUCCACAUCUAUGAGGACGGCAUCCCGGGGGCAGACUCCCUCGACGGCUGCAUGAUCUGCCUGGCCGCCGAGUACCCCACGGUCAAGUUUUGCCGGGUCCGGAGCUCACUAAUCGGUACCAGCUCCCGCUUCACCACGAACGCGCUGCCGGCCCUCCUGGUCUACAAGGGUGGGGAGCUGCUGGGCAACUUCGUCCGCAUCACCGACCAGCUGGGCGAGGACUUCUUUGCCGUAGACCUGGAGGCUUUCCUGCAGGAGUGCGGCCUCCUGCCAGAGAAAGACCUGGUGCUCCUCGCAUCCGUUUGCAACGCCGCCUUGUGCUACAGCGAGGACAGCGACCUGGAGAUAGAUUGAGAGGGCAGGGGGAGAGCGGGGGGGCACAGUGGCCUGCAAACCGAUCCGGGAGUCACAAAACGCAGCCUCCAAAUGCGUCCCAUUCCUUGCUGGUUCCUGGAGGGCGGUUAUUCCAUUGCUGACGGCCUCGUUCCCAGAUGGCGCAACUGCAGCAGCCUGUGGCCUCUCCGCUCUGUCCUCCCUGAAGCCCUUUUCCGCUGCUUCUAGUGGGUCUCACAGCCUCAGUCGUGGCUGCACCUUUGUUUCGUACGCAAAAUCGUAAGCAAGAACUUCUGCCUGGAGUUUGGGUACCAGUAACCCCCAGGAGCCUGGAGUGCAUGGGGCUUACGUGAACCCCAAGAUGUCAGAUGAUGGGGGGAGGCGGGAAGCAGCCCAAUGGGCAUUUAAUUAACAGGGAACUAUAGGGCUUAAAUACCUGCUGGAGCAAUUGUUGUAGACCAGCCUAUUUCCAACCUGGUGCCCUCCAGACGUUUUGGAGCACAACUCCCAUCAUCCCCAGCCUGCACAGCUGUGCACCAAAACGUCUGGAGGGCGCCAGGUUGGGAAAGGAUGUUGUAGACUGUAGCUCAGUCCCAGUAGUUGCUUGGUAAGGCUGGCUAUUAUCUCUGGGUUCUGGCCACUCCUAAUGUUUGUUCAUCCCUUUAUGUGAUAUGCAAAAUGUCGUCUUCAAAGUGGGUGUUGUCUGUACUUGUGUGUGGAUGUCUGUCCUUUACGUUGUUCUCAACAACACCCUUCCACCCUUCCUCUGGAAAUUUGACUAUUUUGCUAAGCUCUCUUUUACAAGGUAUGAACACUUCCUAACAGUUUCUUAAAUUAAUGCAAUAAACCAUAAAGACGA